AUGUCGUAUAACAUCGAAACUCAACACAACGGCACCGAACAUCUCGCCAUCAACAACACUUUUGUUCGCCGGUUCUUGACACGACUAGCGUUGCAUCCUACGGCGAAGUUCUAUUCACGGGAUGGACUCUGCGUCCCAAUCUCGAAACACAAAAUUGUGAAGACGGGCCGUCGAGUCCACCUGACGGAAGGUGUCGCAAUCAAAUACCUAGCUGGAAACACUGCCAUUCCCGUCCCAAAGGUCCAUUGCUCCUUUUUGCACAAGAACAGAGCGUACAUUGUUAUGGAGAGGAUCCAAGGCGAGGAACUGUCAAAAGCGUGGAACAGCAUGUCUAAAGAAUCAGUCGAGGGUGUUUUCGCGCAGUUGAGAAAGAUCUUCCAAGAGUUACGCGCCCUAACACCUCCAGGCACGGGUGUGGAAAGCUAUAUUAAAGGCUCCUUAUAUGACUCUCGCAACCGCGUGGAAAUCCACGUUUUGGUCCUUUUUACUCACGGUGAUCUAAAUCCGAUCAAUGUUCUCGUUUGUGGGGGCAAUGUGGUGGGAAUCAUUGGUUGGGAGUUCUCCAGAUGGUAUCCGCAUUAUUGGGAUUAUACAUCGGCCUGGUUUGGCAAUGUUACGAGAACGGAAUGGCAAGGCAUGCUUGACAAGGUUCUCGACCGACCGCGUCCUGAGGAACUCAGGAUGGAGGAAGUUCGCAAUAAAUGGUGGGACGAAUGAUCGCUCAUUGAAUGGCGCUUGAUGUGCGGUUACUUUAAGAGGGUGUUCGCACUACUC